AUGCACCUCAGAAUCAUAGGCCUCUACUUCUCAGCGUUGGCUGUCGGAUUGGUAGCAUCAACUCCAAAGCACCAUGAUGUACCUUCACGACCAAACGUCAAGCCCGCACCUUACGACGCCGGAGAAGCUCUGCCAUACUCGCCUCCUCGCCACCCCAAACGUCGUUGCUUUGUCGAGCAAGGGGCCGCCACAGACCGGAAUGAUGCGCAUGACAUCCACCGCGCCUUCGUGGAUUGCAACAACGGUGGUACAGUCAUCCUGGACAAAACAUAUCGCAUUGGCUCUCCGCUGGAUUUGACAUUUCUCAAACAUGUUGAUGUCGUGCUCACCGGCGAGAUCCACUUUGACGACAGCGACGUGUACUACUGGGCGGAGAAUAGCUUCAAAUAUGAAUUUCAGAAUCAGUCCGUGUUCUGGAAGUGGGGUGGUGAAGAUGUGAACAUCUAUGGGGACCUGAGCAAAGGUAAAAGCCUCAUUGAUGGGCAUGGGCAGGCAUACUGGGAGGAGAUACGCACGAAUAAGAGUCUUUUCCGACCCAUGCUCUUCGCUUUUGACGGAAUGAAGGGUGCACGCAUGUCACACUUGCGGAUGCGCAACCCUCCGCAUUGGUUCAAUAUCAUCGCCAACUCAUCCGAUAUCCUGAUCAGCAAUAUGGAUCUCCAGGCUAAGAGCCUCAACAACAUCACAAUCGCGAAUUCGGACGGAUGGGACACAUACCGCUCAGAUCGCGUAGUCAUACAAGACUCGGUCAUUCUGAACACAGACGACUGCGUAUCCUUCAAGCCAAACAGCACCAAUAUCGUCAUCCAGAACCUCGACUGCACCGGUUCACAUGGCAUCAGCGUCGGCUCAUUGGGCCAGUAUGUAAACAAGACCGAUAUCGUCGAAAACCUUUACAUCUACAAUGUUUCUCUCACGGACUCCAGCGACGGUGCUCGUAUCAAGGUGUGGCCUGGCAUUGCAACCAGCUUCCAGACGCUGCUCAACGGCGGUGGUGGACUGGGAAGAGUAAGGAACGUAACGUACGAUCUGUUCAGGAACGUGAAUAAUGAUCGCGCAAUUACAAUCACGCAAUGCUAUGGGCAGAAGAAUCAGAGUCUAUGUUACGAACAUCCUGCAAACCUGACUAUCGAAGACAUCACUAUCAAGAACAUGUUUGGCACGACCUCCGAAACGUUGGAUCCGCAAGCUGGAACCUUGAUUUGCAGCGCACCAGACCGCUGCAGCAACAUUCGGGCGGACAACAUCACGGUGCACGUACCCAGCGGCAAGGCACCUGUGUAUGCUUGUAAGAACGUAGACGAGGACUUAUUAGGGUUCAACUGUACUGAGCCGGCUGGGGAGAGGGAUCUUGGUCAGGGUUGA